AUGGCGACGAAGUUGCAGACAAAGGCAAAAGAGAGCGCGUCUGGGACAGCUUUGCCGAGGGCAACGGUCUCUUAUGAGGAGUUUGCGGCUGCUCCUGCCGAACUCCGCUCUUGGUCAGCCUGCGCCAAGGCGGACUACUCCUCCUUCGAUGGGCUCAACGACACGAUCAUUCAGCAGCUCAUUCACGAAGUAGGAUUGGACGAGCUGUGCUCCGAGGGGUCGGAUGCAUGCAAAGCUUUCACCGCUGGCUUCAAGGCCAUGACUCGCAUCCGCGACGAGAUUCCUGCCUCGCCUCGCUUCCAGAACUUCACGCUUGUCAAUUGGUAUCAGAAUGAGAACGGCUUUCCUUCGUGGGGCGCCGACCCUGAUGGCACGAGCGUGUCUGUGAAUACCCAGGUUAUGCCACCUGUGGGGACCGUCCAUGACCCUCAUGCUGCUGAUGGCUAUGCUUUUUGCGAAAUUGCCUAUACAGUCUUGAAGCAGACGGCCUCUCAGUUCUACAACAGCUGCGGUCCCACCUCGGCGCUGGCGGCCCUCAUCGUGCGCUCACCUGCCCAAGCCUUCAAGAAGGCGCUUCAGCUGUAUUACACAGGCUCCUUGCCCGAGAUCGGUGGCUCGGCAUGCCCAUACGUUUAUGCGGAGCAACCUGGAUUGAUUCCAUUCAGACCCAACCAACCGGGCAGCAGCGCGUAUCGUGGAACGGAUUGGUGUCCAGACAAAGAGGUCCAGUUUCCCGAUCCAAGCUCGCGUCAGUGUCAGUCCGUUGGCCUUCAGCGGAUGUGGGUGGUGGGCAUGAUCGGAGCGCUCGAGCACAAGGUCCACGUGGAGCGCGCUGGGGGCGAUGCAUGUGCGGAGUGGCAGACGGUGACGUAUCCAGGCGAGGACAUCGAGGCGGCAACAAAUAGGAACCUGGCCUAUCGCACAGCUCCGUCGGCAGUCGUUUGGGUUUGCGACCAGGUGGUUGGAGGCCAGUCUGAUGCCUGCCACUAUGAGUCGCCCUUUGUGGAAGAUUGCUCGGAGCACUUUCCCCGCAACUUGUGCUUGGGAAUGCUCAAGUUCCUUUGGUCGCAGCCGGACCUGUUCGCCGUCCAAAGUUCUCUGGAAAGUGGCUUCUCCGAAGCUCUAGUGGAUGACCUCAUGUCCAGGCCUACCAUGAAGCCUUUCUUCGAAAUGGUCUCCGAGUCAGGACUGACCUCCUACAACUUCAUGAACCGUGCUGCUCCAGCCCUCUUCGCAACAAUGAUGGGUGUUUCCCAACAUGCCGGGCGCCGAGCCGCCAUGUGGCCGAAGCUUUGUGGGGCCCGAGCAGCAAUGCUCAACCUGGCAUUUUCCGCGUUGGAGGGCCAGCCAAGCCAGCAAUGCGUUCACUGGACCUUCUUGGUCCAAUGUACCAGCGAUGGCUACAUCAUCUGGAGCAAUGGCUACCGCAAGUCCAUCGCAAAAGAUGUGUUGGAGGCAUCGACAUGUGGCGCAGUGAUAUUGCCAUGA